CUCUCGAUCCUUUUCUUUCCGACCGAUUGAAUUGCCAUCUAAUUUAAACCAUUGUUUUUUUUUUUUUUUUUUUGCUGCUGCCACUGCAUCAACUUGCUCGGUGUUAUUGAUAAAGACAAUUUGAUAGACGACUAGUGUUAAUGACAAAUAAAGAAAAACGUUCCUGUUGUCGUAAUAUCAUUUUGUCAUAGUUUUCAUUGUUUUCUCCUAAUACAGUUGCUUACGCUGUUACUGAACUCUUUAUCGUUUUUCGUUUAUUGACUAUUUAAAUUUUUUCUCGUAAGUUUAAUAUCAAGUUUCCCAUCUGAUCCGCGUUCUACGGCUUAGAUCGUCGCGUCGUACGUAUAACGUUUCGAGCAAUUUUUGGUUGUACAAUUCGGAAUCACGGUCAACAAAAUGUUCAAAUCGAAUUUUGAAAAACUACUUGAUAAAGUGACCAGCAAUCUGUUAUUAGAACCAGAUUGGCCGUCAACGUUAGAAAUAUGUGAUACAAUACGGCAGAAAGAUGUCCAACCAAAAUUUGCACUUAAUGCUAUAAAGAAAAAACUUACAAGUCCUAAUCCUCAUACUGCAAUGUUUAGCCUAUUGGUAUUGGAAUGUUGUGUUAAAAAUUGUGGCCAAUUAGUUCAUGAUGAAGUUGGAACUAAACCAUUUAUGGAACAGAUGAGAGAAACUAUAAAAACAACUCCACAUGAAAAUGUAAAAAACAAAUUACUCGAAUUAUUACAGACUUGGGCAUUUGCUUUUCGAGCAAUUCCUAAAUAUUGUGCGGUUCAGGAUACAGUUAAUAUAAUGAAAGCUGAAGGUUAUACAUUUCCUGCUCUUAAAGAAAGUGAUGCUAUGUUCAGUUCAGAUGUAGCUCCUGGUUGGGAAGAUUCUGAUUGCUGUCAUCGUUGUCGUGUUAAAUUUGGAAUGGUUCAACGCAAACAUCAUUGUCGUGCUUGUGGACAAGUUUUCUGUGCACAAUGUUCAUCACGGUCUUGUACUUUACCUAAAUUUGGUAUUGAGAAACCUGUACGUGUUUGUGAAGCUUGCUAUGAAAAAUCACAAAAGCCACAAUUCAACAAAGGAUCAGAAGAUUUACCAAUAGAAUAUCUUACUAGUUCUUUGGCUCAACAAAAUCAAAUUCCAGCUACUAAUAGAAAAACCGAAGAAGAACUAAGAGAAGAUGAAGAAUUACAAUUGGCUUUGGCUUUAUCCCAAUCUGAAGCAGAACAACAAAAAGUGCCUUAUAUGAAUACAACUUUAGCUCCAGCUACUCGAUUAUAUUCUUCACCUCCAGUAAAAGAAGAAAAAGUUGAAGUUGAAGAAGAUCCUGAAAUGGCUCGAUAUUUAAAUCGAUCAUACUGGGAAAAUCGAACUGAGCAGCAAACUAAACCUGUACAAUAUAAUUAUGCUCCAACAAAUGUAAGCAUUAUUCAGUCACCAAACACUGUAAUUAGUCCAGCUGUCAAGGUUGAACAAUCUGAAGACUCUGAGGAAAUGGAUUUAUUUAUAAUAUCUGUAAAAUCACAGUUAGAAAUUUUUGUUAAUCGUAUUAAAUCAAAUUUAAGUAGAGGUAGAACAGUAAUUAAUGGUGGUUCAUUGGAAACUUUUUAUUCAAAAAUUACACCUAUGCAUCAAAAGUUAUUGCAAUAUAUUCAACAACAAGAUGAGAAAAGGUUAUACUAUGAAAGAUUGCAAGACAAAUUGGUCCAAGUAAAGGAUACUCGUGCAGCAUUGGAUGCCAUGAGGGAAGAUCAUAGAGUUAGUCUUCAACAAGAAGCUGCUUUUGCAGAACAACAAAGACAAAUACAAUUAGCAAUGAAAUUAGAUGUUUUAAGGCAGAGAAAACAACAGUAUCAACAAUAUCAACACCAAAUGACACUUCAACAAGUGCAACAACAAGAACAAGAAAUGGCUAUGAGAAUGGAACAUCAAAGACAAAAUUAUAUUAACAAUAGUAUGUACGGUCCUAGUUCUCUACCGAGUGUACCAACUGCACCUACUCCUUAUAUGUCACCUGGUCCUAAUUCAUUGAUGUCUUCUCAAAUGCAAGAAAACGGUAUUAGGUAUCCCCAGUCAACAGAAUCUGGUCAUUUUCAACCAAUUUCUCAACCUCAAGCUUUUGUUGGGAGCCAUAUCAUACCUCCAAAUCCAAGUACACUUCCUAUCAGCCAGUCAGUGAAUAUACCUUCUAACGAGCCUAAUGGUUUAGUGCAAGUCAACCCAAAUAUUUCACAGUCUAUUUACCAACCUCAAAUGGGACCUAUGCCUGGUACAAUUAAUUCAGGAGUUCCUAUUAGUUCACCGCUGAGUUCCAUACACCAGCAACACCAUCCUGGUGUUGGGCCUCACUCGCAGUCUAUGAUGGCCGGUAAUCAACAACCUCCAAUGCCAAACAUGUUACCACAACAUUCUCUUCCAGUUGGGCAACCGUUGAUAUCCAGCCAACAUCAGCAACCAAUGUUAAGCCAGAUGUCUUAUGGGGCACCAGUACACAUGGGACAGUAUGGUGCACAGCAAAUACCUAGUCAACAAGUUAAUCCACAGCCGUCCGCUCCAAACCAAGUAGAACAGUCCAAAGUCGAACAACCGCAGGUGGCAGAAUUAAUCAGUUUCGAUUAACUUAUUUAAUGUUUAACAUUCCAAGCAUAUACAAUUUAUUACAUUUUAAAAUUUAUUGAAAAUUAAUAUUAUAUUAU